CUGCAAACACAUCUGAGAAUCGGAACACAACUCUGCACAGUUUCCUCUCGCGCGCUGGAAGCGGCCCCUGCUCCGCCGCGUGGCGCGUGGCUGCGCUCCCCCACUCUCUCCUCGCACAGUGGACCAGUUGUUGCUGCGCCGCGCGCACAGGUCGCCGCCCCCGCUGAAGCUCCGCGUGCACGCUCGGACGCACGGCGCUGGGACGUCCGGAACGGGAACCCGAUCCGUGGAUGAGGCGACGCUCGCUCACGCGCCGCCGUUCGUGGACAGAGCGCGCGCACGUGGACUACGCACACGAUGGACUUCAAGAGGACAAAAUUCGGAAGGUUCAUGAACUGCCGGGUUCCAUCCUGUAAGAGAUACCAGCCCACAGAGUACGAACACGCCGCCAACUGCGCCACGCACGGGCUCUGGAUCCUCCCCAGCAUGGUGGGCGGCUCUGUGCUCUACUUCCUGUCUGUGGACCGGUGGCACCGCGUCGCUGCCGGGCUCUACGGCAGCGGCCUCACCGGCCUCUUCAUCACCUCCACGCUGUUCCACGCGGCCGCCUGGAAGAUCGGCCACCUCAGGAGCCUGGAGCAGCGGUUCCACAUGUGCGACCGAAUGGCCAUCUACUUCUUCAUCGCCGCCUCCUACUGCCCCUGGCUGAUGCUGCGGGAGCUGGGGCCCUGGACCUGCCACAUGCGCUGGCUGAUCUGGGUCAUGGCCUGCGUGGGAUCCGCGUACGUCGCCUUCUUCCAUGAGAGGUACAAGCUGCUGGAGCUGCUGGGCUACGUGGCAAUGGGAGCGGUUCCAGCGCUGGUCGUUCUGUCCAUGGUGGAGCGUGCGGGCGUGUGCGAGCUGGCCGCCGGCGGCGUCUUCUACGCGGUGGGCGUGGUCUUCUUCAAGAGCGACGGCCUGGUGCCCUUCGCGCACGCCAUCUGGCAUCUGUUCGUGGCGGCCGGCGCAGGCAUUCACUACUACGCCAUCUGGAGGUACCUGUACGUCGCCGGGCCGCUGCUGCAGACGUCCAGGUGACAGGACACGAACCAUCACAUCACUGAACCCCACUCAGAAUAUACCUGGAGACACGGAGGCCGAGCGGCCGGUUCUCAGACUGGACCAAAGCCCUGGACCAGUGCACGUCCAGCCUCUCAGCUCCUGACAGUUGGAACUCUGCUGAUUGAGACUGGGCUGAAGUGAGGUUCAGUCAAAGCCAAAGCUGUCCCUGUGUGGACACUGGCUGCGAUGCCACCUCCUCUAGUUAAUGUGAGUCAGGAGACGCCACCGUUACUGAGCCAAAUGUUCAGGACUCACAUUCCGGAUCUGAUUUGAAGAGACGUUUAAGACGACGUUUGAAUCGGAGAUGGUUGUGUUUUAUACAACUGUAUUCAGACUGUUUGAAUUUAGUAAGUUUCAAAUUUAAAUUUAAGAGGUGGUCGCUCAUUUUGUGUUGCACUUUUACACGAGUUAUGAAUAAACAGAUCGAUUUAAUUGAGGUUGAUAGAUUUUUAUUUGAUCUUUUUCUGUAAUCAGCUUCCAGGCACAGAAGAUUAGUUCGGAACAUUUGUUUUCUUGAUCUGUGUAUUUCUGUGAAAUCGCACAUAUUAAAGAAGAGACAUCAUGUUACACGUAUGGGAUGUGUGCG